AUGUCAUCCGAUCAUCCAAAACGCGCCGUGAGCGGCUACGAUGUCCUUCUCGAUAAACGAUUAAACAAAGGCACAGCAUUUUCCAUCGAAGAGCGUCAAGUAUUACGAAUUCAUGGCCUAUUACCACCAACUGUCACUACGCCACAAAUUCAAAUUGAACGUUUUAUGGAAAAUCUACGAAAUAUGCCAGAUGAUCUUUCACGCUAUAUGCAUUUAGCUGCUUUACAAGAUCGUAAUGAAAUAUUAUUUUACAAAGUUUGCAUGGAACACACUGAAGAAAUCAUGCCAUUAGUUUACACACCGACUGUCGGACUUGCAUGUCAAAGCUUGGGCGAUUUGGGAUGUAAUGGAAUGGGUAUACCUGUUGGUAAAUUGUCGUUAUAUACCGCUUUGGCUGGUGUUCAACCACAGUAUUGUUUACCAGUAACACUUGAUGUUGGUACAAAUAAUGACGCAUUAUUGAAGGAUAAAUAUUAUUUGGGCAUUUCCAGCAAGCGUGUAACUGGAAAAGAAUACGAUGAGUUUCUUGACGAAUUUAUGGAAGCUGUUGUCAAAAGAUUUGGACACAAUUGUUUGAUUCAGUUUGAAGAUUUUGCCAAUCAUAAUGCAUUUCGUUUACUUGAAAAAUAUCGUGAUCACUAUUGCACAUUUAACGAUGAUAUUCAAGGAACGGCUUCGGUGGCUGUUGCUGGAAUAUUAUCAAGUGUACGCAUCACUGAACGAAAGCUGUCCGAUAAUGUUUUCGUAUUCUAUGGUGCUGGAGAGGCAUCUAUUGGUAUGUCAGAUUUACUCGUCGUAGCGUUGGAACGAGAAGGCAUGUCGAGUGAAGAAGCAAGAAAAAAAAUUUGGCUGGUGGACUCGAAAGGGUUAAUUGUCAAGAAUCGUCCAAGUGGUGGUCUCAAUGAAGAAAAAAAGCGCUAUGCUCAAGAACACCAACCAUUAACAAAAUUGGAUGAAAUCGUUGAGUCGAUUAAACCAACGUUUUUAAUCGGUGCUGCUGGACAGGGGCCGACAUUCACAAAAGCGAUAUUGGAGAAAAUGGCUGAAGUAAAUAAACGUCCUGUUAUAUUCGCCCUCUCAAAUCCUACCUCUAAAGCUGAAUGUACAGCUGAAGAAGCGUAUCAGGCUACAGAUGGUCGAUGUAUAUUCGCCUCCGGUAGUCCAUUUCCAACUGUUAAUUAUAAAGGUCAAACAUUUUACCCUGGUCAGGGCAACAAUUCAUACAUAUUUCCGGGUGUUGGCUUAGCUAUCGUUAGUUGUCAAAUUCGUCAUAUUCCCAACGAAAUGUUUUUAAUAGCAGCAAAAUCUCUUGCCGAUCAAGUGACAGAUGAGGAUUUGAAAACGGGUCGAGUUUACCCACCUAUUGAAAAUAUUCACCAGGUCUCACGUAAAAUAGCUGUGGAUAUAUGUCAAUAUGCAUACGAUAACCAAUUGGCUGCCUUGUACCCAAAACCAAAAGAUUUAGAAACAUUUAUUGAGCAACAACAAUAUAAAGCCGAUUAUCACGAAGUUCUACCCAAGCAAUGGUCGUGGAAAUCGUAA